UACCACACAUAUUUAGAGCGUUGGAGACAGUACUGUGAUGACAAAGAUAUUGAUUUAUUUCAACCCAGAGUACACAAUGGUGUCGAAUUUCUUGUCUCCUUAUACAAGGCUAGUCUUGGUUACAAUGCUGUAAACACAGCCCGUUCUGCCCUUUCUUCCCUCCUUAUUUUGGAAAACAAUAAAAAGUUUGGAGAUCAACCUUUGAUUGUUCGUUGCAUGAAGGCCAUUUUCGAAUUAAAGCCAUCCCUGCCAAAAUACAACGGGAUAUGGGAUGUUCGCGUUGUGUUGGAUUAUUUGAAGACCUUUGGUGCUUCAAGUGCUUUACCGCUUAAGGAACUCACGCUCAAGUUAACCAUGUUGCUGUGUCUUACCACUAACCAGCGUGGACAAACUAUUCAUAAGUUUGACAUUAACUACAUUCAGGACUUGAAUGAUCGGUAUAGAAUUUCUGUCUAUGAGAAGCUAAAGCAGACUAAACCAGACAGACAUUUAGAACCUAUAGAACUAUUGGCUUUUCCAGAGGACAAGGAACUCUGUGUGGUGCAACAUUUGAGGGAAUAUAUCAAUCGAACUGACCCCUUGCGUAAAGAUCAUUCUCAGUUAUUAUUAAGUUAUGUUAAGCCCCUUAGGCCAGUAGCUAGGGACACUGUUUCC